GAAGAAGAGGCAGCUUUCAGCGUGUGUACGUAACGCUGAAACUUAAGGAGCAACGCGCACUGUCGGAAACUACAACAGUAUUAGACCGACAAAUCUACCGAGCAUAUAUGAUUAGAACCAUCUAUUGAGUUAAUGUAUUGGGAAAAUAUUCUUCGUGAUUUUAGUUUAAGAUUUUUAACAACGUUGCGACAAGGCACCCUGUGCCCUUUAGUAGACAACGGAAAUUCCGUUUCCCGCUGUUUGGAAGUUUAUGCGGUUUGUCGUAUCAUUUCGAGUGCUACAGUGCCUGAAGACGCGUGUGUUCUUAAAAUCAAUGUUGUAGCUCAUUUGUUCUUGGGAAUACCAUGAAGCAAACGGCCGCUGCCGCAGAGAUGCCGGGCUCGAAUGAGUGCUUGUUGGCGCGGGACAGAAGGGAUUGCGAUGUGCGCUCUCGGGAAAGGGUGGAAGGGGAAGUGGAUCGCUUGCGAACUCGGGAGAGACUGGAGGCAACUCUUGCGGGACUGGGAGAACUGGAGUACCUGAGACAAAGACAGGAAAUGUUGGUCAGGAGUGUGCUAAGACACCAGGAGAAUCCUACAUUCACCAAGGAAGAGAAAGUAUGUGGAGCGGUAGAAAACUACCUAAGCUCCGAGGAAAAACUCCUGGAAGAAAAUAUAUUGUUACUAAGAAAACAGUUGAACUGCUUGAGACGAAGGGAUGCUGGUUUGAUAAGUCAGCUGCAGGAGCUGGACAGGCAGAUCAGUGACCUGCAACUGGAUGCUGAAAAGGCGUCACAUGACCGCCUGGAGACUGACAGCCGCCCCAGCUCAGGUUUUUAUGAGCUGAGCGAUGGGGCGUCGGGAUCCCUCUCCAACUCCUCUAACUCUGUCUUUAGUGAGUGUUUGUCCAGCUGCCACUCUAGCACCUGCUUCUGCAGUCCACUGGAUGCCUCAUUCAGCAUCUCGGAGGGCCGGCCUAAAUCUGCAGAUGACCUGCUGGGUUGUGUGGAGUGUGAGGGCCACUGUGAUGAGCAAAGCUCUGCGGCAGUCAGGAGAUCCUUCUCAGCUCCCUACUCUCCUUCCAUCGACAGCUCCUCUGAGAGCCAGUCCAAGUAUCACUGUGACCUGAUAGCCAAGAACGGGAAUGAUGUGUAUCGGUACCCCAGCCCCCUGCAUGCCGUGGCGGUCCAGAGUCCCAUUUUUUUCCAGUCUCUUAUUGGCCACUUGAAAGAGGAGGGCAUCCCUCCAAAGGCUGAGCCUUUGAGUGAGUCACUCAAACCUGAGCAGCCUUUGGCAUCCCAGAAUGUUGCUUGGCCUACUUCCUGUGCACCCUCCAGCAAGAGACUGGACAGUUACAUCUUUAGCCUGCUUCAGAAGAGGGCCCAACCCAUGAGGACUAACAAGCCAAGGACCAGUAUAAACACGGACCCUUCCAAGAGCAUUUUGAGGCAGGGCAGCCUCUGUGUGCGGCAAGCCACUGGCCAGGCGCAAGGGAAGACCCCAGACCUUAAAACAAACUGGCCAGCCUGUUUGCCUGCUGGCACCAUGCACAACGCUGAUACCAGUGCAGGAUCUCCUCUCAAACAGUGGGUAGUUGAGGUCAAAAGUGAACUUUCAGAGAACGGGAAGCCCCACCUAAUCAGUCAACCUCAGAAUGAACGUUUCAAUGACAGUGAUGUUCACACAAACAGCCUCUCCAAAAGCAAGGGCUUUGCAGCUAACAAGGGCUUGCUAUUGAGUUCUACAUCCAAGGAUUACCAGGACGCAGGCAGUCCUCAUGCCGUCUCUUCCCCCAAAGGUAGCAAACGUCCUUCCUUUCCAGUGCUGGAGGAUAACCAACCCACAGAGCCAAUGAAAAUGGGCACUCCAAAGAAAUGCCCAAAGUCUCCCCCAGUGAAUGCUUCUGCUGUGGAAGAAAGGCCUACUCUGGAGCUAAUGAGUGUGGGCUCCUCUUCAAAUAGCCAGGAUGAAGGUGGGCAGAUGGUGAGUGCCCAGUACAUCCCAGCGCACAGGCAGACCGUGAAGCUCCGCAAAGGCAGCAAGAACGUUAAGAUUGUCAAAGUGAAGAGCACCAUGCUCAAGUCUCGGACCCACACUGAGCCCGCCCUAGGGGCUGAGUGGGAAAAGCCACGGGCCAGCAUCAAAAAGUGUAAUUUCCCAGAAGAUGUGCACAACUUGCACAAGGCCUCCAGGAAGUCAUCUUCAAGAGCAAAGAGGAUUCCUGCAGUAAUCCCUGAAGGCCAAGUUCUGGACAAACACCCACCACCGCUGAUGUCCAAGACAGCCACUCCAAGACACCACGGUCAUGGACGUGAAGUGGUGCUAACCAAACCCAAGUACAAGAGGAGUGACUACCGAAGACUGAAGUCCAUAACCGAGGUCCCUUAUGAGGAGGCAAUGAGGCGAGCACAAAGGAGACAGAAGAGGGAGGUCCUGGGACAGGUGUCUGCCAUGUACCUGCCAGAUAACGCCCAGUACACCAGCCCUUACACCUACAUGGGCAGUGAUUCUGAGUACUCCGCCGAGUGCGCGUCCCUGUUCCACUCCACCAUCCUAGACACCAGCGAGGACGAGAGGAGCAACUACACCACCAACUGUUUUGGGGACAGUGAGUCUAGUUUCAGCGAGGUGGACUUUGCUGGGGAGAGCAGCACCACCAGUGACUCUGAGGAGAGUGCGGGGGUGAACUGGCCUCAGUUUGGGCAGGCCGGACCCGUCCUCCCCCAGGAAAUGACAGCCGCCCAGGCCAAGGCCUUUGUGAAGAUCAAGGCAUCCCACAACCUCAAGAAGAAGAUUCUGCGCUUCCGAUCAGGGUCUUUGAAACUCAUGACAACUGUAUGAGAACACUUGGCUAUGAUGCUGCCAAUCGAAUUGGCCCCUCUUCACCCAACAAGUGCCUGGGCUGGUUUCAGCAUUCAGUGGAAAGCAAUCUGUGAGACCUUUUAAGAGAAACCGAAUGUUUGGGGUACAAUGUCAACAUGAUACAUGUCCAGAAAACUCCCUUAACCUGCACUUUCUGACAGAUAUCGCACAAGGUGGGUACUGUUUCAAAAGCAUUAUCUGUGUAGCACCGUUAUUUUGUUGUAUUUAGCUUUUUUUAUAUUUAUUGACUCCAGAUUUGCAGUAGUGCAUGUACAUCAUACAUAAUGUAAAUACAUGUCUUGUAAUACUUUUGUAUUAAAAGAUAUUUAAAGCUUAAUAUAUUUGGUUAGACCUACGUUGAAAGGAUAAGGGUGAUAGAAUUUGACUCAUGGAUGAAGCACAUCUUUACUUUAAGUGAAGGAGAAAAAAAGCUCCUUAGAUCAGUUUAUUUUGGGGGACAGAUGUUUUAGAACAGCUGCAAGUACUAAUAAUAUGGUGCUUUUGUUAUGUGCAAAUAAUAUAUGCAUGGGAAACUGCUUUAUCUGUUUAUGUUGAUGCCAAAUGGCUGUAAAUUGCAACUGGUUGUAUAUAGAACAUUUCUGUACAUUAAUACUGGUGCUUUACCUUUUGUGCUUUAAUAAAAUCUCUACUUUAAACAUAGAAGUUAUUUUUGCCUUGAUUGCAUUGUACAAGAGGGAAGCACUAUAAAAGAUGAAUAAUGUUUUUCCAGCUAAGAGAUGUUUUAUGUAAUGAUGCUUCUUUAUAAACAUAGCUAGGCAGCCUCCUCACAUUCCAUAGUUCUCCCUGAUCUGCACCCCUGACUGACGCACCUUCACUCCCAUU